AUGUACAAAUCCGAUAUACAAUUCUAUUGUGGAGAACGGCUACCUUUAAUUAAUCUACUUGUCUAUGCUGCGAGUGAAGGAUUUUUUGGUGUCAUCGCAAGUAUUCACACUGACGAGUACUUUCUAUUACCAACACAUGCAUUCUUCGAAUUCAUCAAAGAAGAAGAUAUUCAGCAAACUCAACCAAAAACUCUUCUCAUCUCAGAGAUCGAACCUGGACAUCGAUAUGAAUUGGUUUGUACAACCGACGCUGGAUUGGUUCGAUACAGAAUGGGAGAUGUCAUUAAUUGCACGAGAUUCCUUUGUCGAGCCGAUGACUUGGUUGCAUUACCAGAAGAACCAGUCGAAAUCCCAAGAAUUCCUCUCAUUUCACUCGCAUAUCGUGUUGGAACUCUUUUGGAUAUAUUUGGUGAGAAAACAAGUGAACAACAUGUGAUGCAUGCUCUUCAACAAACUGUUCAUCAAUGGAGAGAACAAGGAAUACCUGUUGACUUUUGUGAAUUUGCGUCGUAUCCAAGAUUAGAUGUAUUUCCAGCUAGAUAUGUUAUCUUUCUGGAAUUGAUUGAGGAUGAAGGACAUAAGAUUGAUGCACAACAAUUUCAAAUUCUCAAGAAUACCGUCAAUGCAGAAGUCGACCAACAACUUCGCCAAGCCAACCAAAUUUAUAACUUUAUGCGGAUUGCAAAAAAAGCUGAUCCACUUGAUUCUAUUCUUGUACGAAGUGGAACAUUCUCGACUUUUUUGCGCAAAUUCUUGUGGACUGAACGCACGAGUCCAGUGCAAAUCAAGCCUCAUCGAAUGUUGAAGAAUGAAGAACACAUUAGAUUCUUUUAUGACAACCAAAUUGAUACAUCAUCUUCCUAAUCAUGACUCUUCUUGCAACAAUAAAAACAAUCGAAUUGAUUCUUAUUUGAUAUGUCGGUGAUUUAUUUUAGAUUUUACUAGUGAUUUGUUUCAAUUAAUUAACGUUUAAUUUUGUUUUUCAUUUUACUAAAUAUCAUUCAAAUAAUUGAUGAUCUAAGACUAGAGAAGUUGCAACACCCAGAACAUCACUAAAAUUUGCUUGAGUGCAAAGCUACUUUCUAACUAUCAGUCGAUUGAUGAAAUUCAUAAGGAUCUAGAUAAUGUGAACUAUUAUAAAUUUUGUCUUCAACUUAGUUUAAGUAGAAAAACAAUAUUAUAGUACUCGAUACAAAGAUUUCGCGUUUCUUCCUGGUACUUUGCUAUGUUUCUGAACGACAGAUUUCUAGUAUUUGAUUUGCAUGUAUACUGCUAUGAGUAGGAUGUGUCUGUGACUGUAGAUGUCGAGGUUAUAUUUGAGUAUUGAUCUUCCUUCAUCUACAUACCCGCCGAGAAGACGCAGACCCAAGUCCAGAUUCAAACCUACCUAUACCCUGUAUAGAAGAGAACCGUUUUACCUAGUUGUUAUAUUAUACUUUCUACUCUCGAGGUUAUCGCGUCAUAAAUGAUGUGAUAAACAUAAAGAAGAAAAGAAAGAUUAGGAAAAGACAAAAAAAAAUGAAAUUUCUAUCAACAGACGAGUUUUUUUUUAAUCUUACAAUGAAGAGUUGUGUGCUGUAACUCAAGGACAUUGGACAUAUUCGAGUCAAAUUGAAGAUCUCAUCGGUAGACUAAUAAAUUUAAAAUAUGAUGUCCUCAUGACGUUUCUAGAUCGAGAUCUUUGAACUUUAAUGUGCCGACUGUGUAUGUACCGUGUACACAGUUGGGUGUGGGUUGUGGGUGUGGGGUGUGGGUGUGUGGGAGUGGGGGUGGGGGUGGGACUGGGUGGGGGGGGGGGUGGGGGGGGGGGGGGGGGGGGGGGGGGGGG